AAAUCAACUCGUGAACAUGUGUGACUAUUAGUACAUGACUCUUAUUGUAUAUAAAAGUAUAGCUUAUAACACAAAUAUGAGUAUAGUUUCAGAAAUUCGUAUGUAAGUAGGAUACAAUAAAGGAGGAUUGGGAAAAUGGGGCAAAAAAUCUGAAUCAAUUCAUCAUUUUAGUGUUCGGUAUGCAACCUGUAGCAAAUAAUUUUCCCAUGCAUAAACUGACUGGCUGAUGUUUUUUGAACGCAAUAGAAACUUGACAAUGUCGACCACAGCAGCAAAUGAAACUAGAGAAAGAUACACUGCAUUAUGCAAGCAAAGGAAUACACAACCUCAUGCAUAUGUAUUAAAAGCUCUCAAUAAAUCUGCCAAAGACUUCUUACUGAGUCAAACAGAAGAAAUGCACGUUGAUCUUGCCGGUAAUAAUAAAUUAUUAACACAAAGACGGCUGGAAGACGUUGAUGUAGAAAUCCUGUGUAGUAUUCUGAGUAAAAGUACAGUUCUGGCAUCCCUUGAUCUUCGAUAUAAUAAUUUUACGGAUGUUGGAGCAGGCGCUGUUGCCAAAUUGAUUGAGGAAAGUCCAUGUGUUAAGAAAAUCAAUAUAAUGUGCAACGAACUAACGUCUGACGGAGCACAGAAAAUUGCAUCUGCAUUACAUGAUAAUGUGACAUUGAGGUCUUUGAAAAUGAAUGGAAAUAAGAUUGGAAAUAAAGGUGGAAUGUAUUUUGCACAAGCCUUACAGAUAAACACAAAACUGAGAGAAUUAGACCUUGGUGACACUGACCAGGGAACUGAAAGCAUGAUUGCAUUAUCAACAGUACUGAAUCAAAACAGACAUCUACGAGCUUUAAAUAUAAAUCGACCGUUGCUUUUUUCAUGUCAGGAAGAAACAACAGUUCAUUUUGGCAAAAUGCUCAAGGUAAACCACUCUUUGAGAGAAAUUCACAUGUCAAAAUGUAUGAUUCGAGAUUUUGGAAUGGAAAGAUUAUGCGAAGGACUAACCGACAAUUACACUCUCGUGUAUUUGGAUUUAAGCUGCAACCGUAUUACCAGAGAUGGUGCCGAAUGCAUGUCUCAUUUACUGCGAAAAAACACCCCACUGGAAAUAUUGGAUCUUGGAUAUAACAGAAUUGAAGAUGACGGUGCUCAAUAUCUUAGUGAAGCAAUUGGAACAUAUAACAGCAAUUUAAAAGCACUUGUAGUCACUUCCAAUUGUAUUGAAGGAAAAGGUUUAGUAUGUAUUGCAAAAUCAAUGAAGACAAACAAUGUGUUGUCAAAUGUUUAUAUUUGGGGAAACAAUCUUGAAGAAUCUGCAUGCGACGCAUUUCGAGAACUGAUUGACCGCAGAAGAUUGCUUCCUAAAAAUACAGAUGUUAAGCCAUAUGAAGUUGAUGGCAAAAAUUAUCUGGCAGAACUUAGUCAUGGUAUCAAAAGAUUCUAUUAUUGGACACCUUCAUAUGGAGCUGAUGUUGUUGGUGGUGAUGAUGACUUGCUGUGAAUGUAUCUUUUUUGAGAACAUAUUUUGUCACCAUUGCUGAAUAAUUAUUUCUAGUCGCAAAAUUUUUAUAUUUUCUCAUUAAUAAAAACUUCAUAUAUCAUA